CUAGACGAAUCAGGGCAGAUCGGCAUGCACACAGCAGCCAGAAAGAAGGAGGGAUCACAUCCAGGAGCUACACCUCAUAUGUCUCGCGCUUGGAAAGAGUACCAACAUGAUCUGAUGCGACCGAUUUAUUUCUUUUCUUCCAAAUCCGAGAAAUCACGUUUGCGAUCAUGAAUCCGGCCGAGCAGACAGUAACGUGGCUCAUCGCGCUCGGUGUGCUGGAAUCGCCCAAAAAGCGCGUCUCGGACCCCGAGAGCUUUCUGCAGAGCUCGCUGAAAGACGGCGUGGUGCUGUGCAGGCUGCUCGAGCGACUGCGCCCCGGAUCGCUCCUCACGGUCUUCCAGGAACCGAAGAACGACGGCGAGUGCUUGAGCAACAUCAGGGAGUUCCUCAAAGCCUGCGCUUCAUACCGAGUGGAGACAUUUGAGGCUGAUGACCUGUUUCAGGGACAGAACUUCACCAAGGUGCUGAAUUCCUUGGUUGCGCUCAACAACGCAACAGCAGAUACUGGAUCUGGCAGUGACUCCAUAUGUGCUCAACACAUCUCUCUACGAAUCAAGUCCUUUGACUCACUGAACUGUCAGCCUUCCCGCAGGAGAUCAUCUAAACGAGUGCGCAGCCAGUAUUGUAUUCUGGACAUGUCUGAGAACAGUUCAGUUCAGCUGCUGGUGAAGGCACGGUUUAAUUUCCAGCAGACGAACGAGGAUGAAUUAUGCUUCAACAAGGGUGACAUCAUCCAGGUGAUUCGGCAGGAGGACGGAGGCUGGUGGGAAGGCGCACUGAACAGCAAGACCGGCUGGUUCCCUAGCAACUACGUCAAAGAGAUCAAAGGAAGUGACAAGCCCAUCUCUCCAAAGCCUGGGGCGCUGAAGAGUCCUCCCAAAGCAUUCGAGACCGGCGCUGCCACUAAGACCUACUAUAACCUGGUGAUCCAGAAUAUUGUCCAGACUGAAACGGAAUAUGGCAAAGAGCUCCAAACACUGCUUUCAACAUACUUGAGACUACUGCAGCCCACAGACAGACUGACCUUGACAGAUAUCGCUCACAUUCUGGGCAAUCUAGAAGAGAUCAGCUCCUUCCAGCAGACCCUGGUGCAGUCACUAGAGGAAUGCACCAAAUUUCCAGAGAGCCAGCAGAGGAUCGGGGGCUUCUUCCUGUCCCUCAUGCCCCAGAUGAAGAGCCUUUAUGUAGCUUACUGCUCCAACCAUCCUUCUGCUGUCAAUGUUCUCACACAACACGGUGAGGAGCUGGGUGAGUUCAUGGAGAGUAAAGGAGCAAGCAGUCCUGGCAUUCUCAUCCUUACCACUAAUCUUAGUAAACCCUUCAUGAGACUGGACAAAUACCCCACACUGCUCAAAGAGCUCGAGAGACACAUGGAGGAUUUUCACCCAGACUAUCCAGACAUUCAGAAAAGCUUGACUGCUUUCAAGAGUCUUUCUGCGCACUGUCAGGAGGUGAGAAAGAGGAAGGAGCUGGAACUGCAGAUUUUGAACGAGCCGGUGCGUGGUUGGGAAGGGGAGGGCAUUAAGACCUUGGGCAACGUCACCUACAUGUCUCAGGUCUUUAUGCAGAACCAUGGCAGUGAGGAGAAAAAUGAGCGCUACCUCCUGCUCUUCCCUCAUGUGCUGCUGGUGCUCUCUGCCAGCCCUCGGAUGAGCUGUUUUAUCUACCAGGGAAAACUUCCUCUAAUCGGGAUGGCUGUUAGCAAAAUUGAAGAUACAAGAAAUGCUUUUGAAAUAUCUGGCAGUAUGAUUGACAGGAUCCAGGUGAUCUGCAAUAACCCUCAGGAUUUACAGGAGUGGAUGGAGCAUCUUCAACACCAAACCAAACGCACAUCAACCAGCAUUUCCAGUUUAAAACCAUGCCAUACACUCCCCGCUCACCCGCCCACUCCUUCAAGACACUCAGAGAGCCGUGGAGCCUACCACACCCUUCCUCACCCCUCCUCACACGGCACCCCGCACAGCACCAUGAUGUGGGGACCGUUAGAACCACCAAAAACCCAGAAACCCUGGAGCCUGAGCUGCCUUCGACCAGCACCACCUUUAAAAGCAUCGGCAGCUCUCUGUUAUAAAGAGGAUCUCAGUAAAAGCCCUAAGAGCAUGAAGAAGCUUCUGCACAAACGGAAAGAGAGAAAGCCCUCAGAUGAGGAGUUUUCUAUGAGGAAAAGCACUGCAGCCCUGGAGGAGGAUGCACAGAUCCUGAAAGUAAUAGAGGCGUACUGCACAAGUGCCAAGACAAGACAAACACUCAACUCAACAUGGCAGGGCACUGAUUUGAUGCAUAAUCACGUGCUUGCUGAUGCCAGCCAGUUGCGUGUGGAGGCUGCCGGUUGUCGUGCCAGUGUCUUGCGCCUGGAACUAUCGUCUGACCAAUCCGAAGACUCGGAUUAUGACAGUAUAUGGACAACCCAUAGCUACAGGAUGGGUUCCACGUCUCGUUCAAGAAAGGAUUCAGGACUGCAUAUGCUUUUCCCUGAAGAGGAGAAGAUCAUUGUAGAAGAAAUAAAAAGCAAUGGUCAGACAGUGAUUGAAGAGAGGAGUUUGGUGGACACUGUUUAUGCACUGAGGGAUGAAGUACAGGAACUCAAGCAGGAUAACAAGAGGAUGAAGAGCAGUUUGGAGGAGGAGCAAAAAGCAAGGAAAGAGCUGGAGAAGGUAGUCAGGAGAGUAUUAAAGAACAUGAAUGACCCUUCAUGGGAUGAAACAAAUCUGUAAAGUUCAUUGAAGAUUGUUAUGCAUGUGGUCCAUGCCAGCCUGGACAGAGGAUUCAAAUAAACACUGUAACACUGAAAACAGCAUGAUGCAGCUGAGAAACUGGGCAUAACUUUGGACCAAGAAAGCCUUUUCAACUGAGUGUAGAGUUGAACAUAAUGGAGAUACUAACAAGAUGAAAUGGAUCCUGUCACUAAGUAAAGGCUCUUUAAGUUUUCCAGUGCCAAAUUUGCUGGUUUUGCCAAAUAGCCUGAACUACAAGAUAUAUAUCAAGGAGCAAAUAUAAAAGUGGCCAAAUACAUCUAAUGGGUUUGCCUUUUAUUUAAUUAAAUUUUUUUCAUUUUAAGAAAAACAUACUAAUAUAUAAUUAUUGUUAAAUAUGAGUUAGCCUGUUUUAGAAAAAGUUUCCUAUUCACUGCUGUCUUUGCCAACACAUCCUUCCCAUACUUCCACUGACAGCAUGUACCAUUUUUUGCAAAUAAUUCAAUGUCACAUGGUUCUCAGUUUGACAGAAAGCUUUCUGAGUCUCAGGGAGUCCUUGAAUUAAGAAAGUCUGUCCAUCAACAGGAUAUUCUUAGUAAUAUGUAACAACACUGUGAAAAAACAGGUGCAUUUCCAGCAAGAAAACACAGCAGGUACAGUACUAUAGACAUUCAGAGGAAACUGAUAUUUUUUUUUUUUGGUAAAUGAUCUUUUCUUUUUUUCUGGUCAGCUUAUACUCUAGCACCAGCCAAACAUUGACUGUUUUUUUUUUUAAGUGAUAUUUGACAUUUUUAAUUGGUUGUUUUUCUGCUAAGAAAUUUGUACACAAAAAAAUUCAGGCUAUAUUUCAAAAGUGCAGAUGUGCCUUUAAAUCUUUUUUUGGUAAAUUCCAUUACCAAAACCUACUUGGCAUUUUCUCUGCAAUUCCAAGACCAAUUAAGACGAGUACAUAUGCAACCAAUAUUUUUUAAUAUGCAGCGCUACUAACUGACAACAUUCUUCCAUGUCGUCUGUCUAAUUUAUGUAUUUAAAUGAAAUGAAAAUGUAUGUCUACUGCAAAUGUUGAUUCUUUACCAUUGUCUAUGUAUCAUUUUUUUCCAGUAGGAAUUUUUCUGUGAAUUUUUCCUUAAUGUACUUACUUUCUUGUCUUUCCUACAUUUUUAUUCAUUCAGCUCUGCUUUUUUAUGACGUCUUUAAUCUAUAUGAUAAAUUAUGUGAAUUUAAAUAAAAACGUUUCUUAUUUAUCCUUUAA